AUGGAACACCGAGACGUCACGGCCCCGCCCUCUCCUGGUGUUCCUAGCAGGGAGGGGGGGUGGACGAAAGGACCGGGGGGCCCCCUGCGUCACACCGUGAGCGCCGGGGGCGGUCACGUGUCCUGCAGGCCCGACGUCAUAAGUACGGGACUGCUCACCACACGUGACUCGGCUGCUGUGCCCCCCCCUGGCUCUUGCCUCAUGGAGGGGGGGGGGCGAGCCCCUGGAGUGGGAAACCCCGUGGAGGUCGGUGGUGGGUGCGUUGCUCCCCGCGAGCCACCCAUGGGUCUGUCUGGACCCGGGGGCCUCGUCAAGGGGGGACGAUGGAUAACAGAGCGCGGAUACGGGUCAGGAUGCCACCCGGGCCAACGCUCUCUGCCUCUGUCCCGGCUCCGUAAUGGCUGGUGGGCCUCGCGCCUCGGCCUGCAUGUCCGGGCCGAAGAGGGACAUCUGAGAGGUGGGCAGGUCCAGCAGCUGCCUCCUCUCCGCCUCCCUGAUAUUAGCCAGCCCAAGCCAAAGGUGCCUGGCCCGACUUGGGCUGCUGCCAUGGAGCGGCCACCAUCCACAGCUAGCGUCUGGCACAUGCGCAGAGACGCCGCCAAGGUGGUCCUCGCCUGUGACAGGAGGUCUCCACUGAGCGCCUGGUCAGAAGAGAGCAACAUAUCCAGGGCCCCCGUGAUGAAUGCCAUGUAG